AUGGUUGGAAAAUCUGAAGAACGUGCAUUAGGAUCAUGUGAUGAAGACAUUAGGACAGUAAGACAUUUGGACAGUAAGACAUUAGAACAGUAUGACAUUUGGACAAUUUAUUUAAACCGUAAAAUGAAAGUUGCAGUUGUUUUAAUCGUGGUUUUGGUAGUAAUGAUGAUCGGUCAGGAAACCGACUCGUGGCGAAUACGAUUUCGCAGAGGAAGGAGAUUGCUAAGAAGAAUAGCACCAUUUGUACCAAUUGUGAUCAGGGCCUUUGGUAAGAGACAAGCAGGAGAUGCUGAGUUCCAAGCUAAAUACAAUGCUGCUGCUGAAGAUGGUGUUUUCACUGAUGAAGAAAUCAAAUCCGUAUUUGGUGUUGACGACAAUGGUUUAGUUGAAUUUAAAGCAACUUAUGACGUUGACGGCGAUGGAGUUGUACAAGUUGAAGAGUAUGAAACAGUUGUCGAACUUACCGAGAAUUUGGCAGGAUAAGAGUUAAUGCUGAAAUGAUGUAAAUUCUGGACCGAAUUUCUUUUAUUGAAAAUUAUCAUUAGAAUAAAUUAGUGCAGCAUAAAGGUC